AAGCAUUCAAAUAAUCACACUCUCUGCCCUCUCAUGCUUGUCUGUAUACGUCUGCUGAACCGCACUGUACGGUGCAGUAUACUAUCUCGCCGCCACUUGUCUAUCCGUGCUAUCCCAUCCAGCAGUGUUAUUAUAUUCAGUGCGAAGUCUCCCUCUGUCUCUCAGGUCGCUGGCAAACGACAGGUCAGCAGUAGCUCCACGUAUCAUGUCCCUGUCGAUCUCCCUAUACCUGACGGCCAAUUGGUGAAACAAGACCCACAAUCGCUGAAUCUGAUCGUGGACAGCAGUAAUGAUGCGCUCGAUUCCGAGCUCGUGGACGACACUCUGGUUGUAGAUAUGGAGGAUGAUGCACUCCCCCACGAAGGUAGAUCAACUGCUAGAGUGAAACCACUAAAAAAACCUUCCAUCGUGUUGGAGGAGGGUUCCGUCUCUGCUUCUAGAAUCAGUAUCCCAGAGGUGAUCGCCUCGCGUCCUAUGAAGAUAGCUUCCCUACGACCAGUUCUCUCAAGAGUUCUCUUCUCACCAGGAGUGCAGACCGUUAGGGAUCCCAGGACGGGAGUCUGGAACUUCCCCUCUGAUUUGGGUAUCAUUCCCAAUGCUAGCGAGUUCGAUUUUGCCCGUUUACCUCAAUACAUAAAACCUUCCCAAGAUCCAGAACUGCAGAGUUUAGCACAGGAGAAUGACUGUCAGUUUGUGGGCUCAACGUCGACCUUGACUCGAGCUUUGAGCCAAAUAUAUUUCGCCAUCACAGCGAAUAAGGGUGUGGAGCUUUCUGGUUUAAGCCAAGCGUUUUCUCAGGAGAGAACAGAAUUUACCACCGGAGCUCUUUUACCUGCAAGUCUCGUACUGAGUCGAAUGCCAACGGGUGUAUACACAGUUGAUUCAGAUAAACGAUGGGAUACCGAUAACGUGCUCAGUGAAUACGGUCGGAUCUUGGAAAAACAGCUGGUGUCAUCAAACACGGACUUUCGGCGUUUCAUGCGAGCUUCGCCGGAAUCCGCCGUCUCAGUGGAAGAACGCACAGAACGAGAGGCUUAUCGUUAUAGGAAGUAUGGAAGUCUUCUCAUGAGGAGUCAACUUGACUGUCAUGAUCUACGAUUACCGGGGGAUGGGACAUUUGAUAUCAAAACCCGUGCAUGUUUACCUAUCCGGUAUGACCGAGCAAACUACGAGGCAAACAGCGCUUACGACAUUCAUCAGGAGAAGGGCAUGUUGGAGUCGUUUGAACGAGAGCUAUAUGACCUGUCACGGACGGCCAUGUUGAAAUACAGCAUGCAAGCUCGUAUCGGUAAUAUGGACGGUAUCUUUAUCGCGUAUCACAACACGAAGAGGAUCUACGGUUUUCAAUAUCUCUCCUUAGCGGACCUUGAUGAACGUCUAUUCGGCUCCACUGCCCUCGCCGAAGCCGCCUUCCGUCUUUGUGUCGCCCUUCUCGAGUCACUGUUGAAACGUGUGGUGGAGAUCUCUCCUGAGCAGGAAGUGUACUUGACUCUGAGGAGCAAACCACAUGGGAGUCGACGGGGUUUGUUGGCAUUAGUACAACCCCGUCAUUCGACCGACACGACGGGUACAAAAGAUAUCGUUCGAGGACUCAGACUUUCAGUCACAAAUGUCAUAGCAGGUGAAAGCAUGCCAGAAAUGAAAGAGUUUCCUGAAAUCAGAAAGUCGAACUCCCUACCAGUGUGGGAUGUACAAUAUACCAUUUCUGCUUUCCAUCCCGAAGCCUCUGAAGAGGCUAAGGAAGAAUUACGUGUAGCUACUAAUCGUCUCAAAGCCAUGGCUUCAGUUUCGACUCCAGAAUUCGCCACACCAGAACAAAUGACGAAGCUUGAUGCUGCUCGUAGACUGAAUCGUUCUGGUGUUUCUUCCCCGGCACCUCCAUCCGCUGCCUCCUCCAGUCCAUCCACACCCUCUUCCAACUCAUCCAAAACUAAAUCUAUUCCCACCAAUCCAACCAAGCUGUCCAUACCUUCAGAUCCAUCCAUAUCCUCCAUCCCUUCUCAAGCUGCCGACCCAUCUCAAUCAACCACCCCUGACAACUCACCCCUUUCCCAUUCAUCCAACGUACCCAUCUCUGAUAUUCACACCAAUUCCACCGACUCUUCCCCCAUCCCCGGACCAUCCCCUCCUGUCAAUCUCAAAACUUCCUCUCCUGGUACAUCUCCCAGUACACCUUCCGAGGAAACAGAAGGUAUAGCCAUCCGCUGGACAAAACCCACUUCACUAGCUCUUCAUAUGCGUAAACUGGCUCGGGAGAGUGGAGAGGGGUAUGAACAAAGAUCUCGGAAUUGGUUACGUGGUACACACUAUAGUUGGGUAGAUCAUCUCCGUAUGGAUAUAUCAGCAAAGGGAGUAAGGGCAAGGAAGAACGAACAUUUUUCUCAGAUUAUCAAGUCUAAUUCGUCUUCCAUAAACAUACCAUCAAAACAAACUCAACGGCAUCUUCCAAAUACGAAAGAGGGGAAGGGAGAGAGGGGCAAGUUGCAGAAGAUAGAUAUGUCAAAUACUAUGAGGAAGAAGUUGACAGUUGGUGGACGGCCAAUAAGGAAGAAUCGGAAAGUGAGUGGAGGGAAGUGAUGAAUGAUACGAAAAAGGAAAUCAAGCGUAUUAGUACACUAUGAGUAGUUGUUGUAUCUUUAGUCAAAAUCAUUGCAUUGAUAUGUAGGUAUAUUUACAAUGUAUAUAUGCAUUACUCUUUUUAGUCAA